CUUCCUCACUUUCUCUCCCCAUUUCCCCAUGUUCUACUGCAUCAUUCACCAAUCCAAGACGUGGAUUUUCUUCUCAAUAGCUCCGUCUACAAAACCCAUCUCUUCAUUUCCUCAAUCUCCUUCCCAUUCUCCAGCUAGAGCGGGCUCUCCCUCACACUCUCUCUUCUCUUGUUUCAUUGCUGAUCAACUCAAUUUCAAAAUCCAAGAUAUGGGUUUUGCUCCCUGCUCCAUCUUAUUCAAAACCCAUGUCUUCUUUUCCCCUGUCCCUCUCUAGAGCAACUCCUUUUUCUGCACUCCUUUCCUCUUUCCUCUUCAAUCCCUGCACGAGGAGGAAAGGAGGAAUCCGCCAUGUAUUUGUCAGAGAAGCCACGACCCAUCGAUUUCUACAAGGAAGAAGGAAGAGAGAUGAUGAUGGAAGUUGUCAGCAAUGGUGGAUUGCAACCCCAGCAGCAACAGCAGCAGCAGCAGCAGCAACAGCAGAUGAUUCUCGCCGAUAGCAGCGGUGAGGACCACGAGGUGAAGGCGCCAAAGAAACGUGCGGAGACUUGGGUUCAAGAAGAGACUCGGAGCCUAAUCAGCUUCCGGCGAGAGAUGGAUGGGCUUUUCAACACCUCAAAGUCGAACAAGCAUCUGUGGGAGCAGAUCUCUGCAAAGAUGAGGGAGAAAGGGUUCGACCGGUCGCCAACCAUGUGCACAGAUAAGUGGAGGAACCUGCUGAAGGAGUACAAGAAGGCGAGGCAGCAGGACAGAGGGAGUGGCUCGGCAAAGAUGUCAUAUUACAAGGAGCUUGAUGAUUUGCUCCGUGAGAGGAAUAAGAAUGCGCCUUAUAAGAGCCCCACACCACCCAAGGUUGAUUCAUACAUGCAAUUCUCAGAUAAAGGUCUCGAGGACGCUGGUAUUCCAUUUGGACCUGUAGAAGCAGGUGGUAGGUCAACACUCAAUCUAGAAAGACGUUUGGAUCAUGAUGGUCAUCCUCUUGCUAUCACAGCAGCUGAUGCAGUUGGUGCCAAUGGAGUUCCCCCAUGGAAUUGGAGAGAUACCCCAGCAAAUGGUGGAGAAAAUCACUCAUACGGUGGAAGGGUUAUUCUUGUUAAGUGGGGUGAGUACACUAGAAGGAUCGGUAUUGAUGGCACUGCAGAGGCGAUCAAGGAAGCGAUCAAAUCUGCCUUUGGGUUGAGAACGAAAAGGGCUUUUUGGCUAGAGGAUGAAGAUGAGGUGGUUCGCAGCCUUGAUAGGGACAUGCCAUUGGGGACAUAUUCUCUUCAUCUUGAUGAGGGGCUGACAAUAAAAGUUUGCCUCUAUGAUGAAUCCGACCGUCUUCCUGUUCGAACUGAAGAAAAGACACUGUACACAGAAGAUGAUUUCCGCGAUUUCCUGAGUCGCCGUGGUUGGGCUGCUUUAAGAGAGUUAAGCGGCUUCAGAAGUGUUGAGACCCUGGAUGAUCUUCGUCCAGGUGCAAUGUAUCAAGGUGUUAGAUUGCUGGGAGACUAGAGAUGCUGUGGUGGAUUACAGCCAUGAUUUAAGCAUCAAUAGGUCAAAAUCAAUUUUGGGUUUCUUGCAUGUGGCAUGGUACUUCAUAUUGUUAAUCAGCACAGCUCUUAAGUCUGCUGUAGCGAGCGUUUCCCAUGUAAGUGUGCUUAAUCUAUCUGUAGCCAUAUCCCAAUUUGUGUAUAAUAUGUGAUGAUGAAAUGUUGAUUAUCAGAAAGAAGGGAAUUGCCUUGUAUUAUCGAAGAUGUUUGUGGCCAAUGAAGUUUGCUGGUCAUGGCGAA